AUGGCCGCCAUGAAGAUCACUCUCCUUGCCGUGGCCACAAUCUCGGCAGUCUUACUGGGCACCGCGUCGGCGGCGACCUACGGUGUUGGCGAGCCGGGCGGUUCGUGGACCCUCAACACCGACUACAGCAACUGGGUGUCCAACAAGAAGUUCCACCCGGGUGAUGAGAUCAUCUUCAAGUACUCCCCCGCGGCGCACGAUGUGGUCGAGGUCAGCAAGGCUGGCUACGACUCCUGCAGCACCGCCAGCGCCAUCAACACCUUCAAGUCCGGCAACGACGUCGUCCCCCUCAACGCCACCGGCACCCGCUACUUCAUCUGCGGCAUCACUGGCCACUGCAGCCCCACCGCCGCCGCCAGCAUGAAGGUCGUGAUCGACGUCGUCCCGAGUUCCUCCUCACCGUCGUCACCCAUGCCGGCUGCCGGUCCGGACGCGAGCAACCCGCCGCCACCCUCCUCUACCGCAUCCUCUGUCGGGGCCACAGCAGGAUUUGGCCUUGUCGUCCUACUGGUCGCCAGUCUCAUGGUUUAA